AUGCACCAGGGUCUCCCCUUUCAUUCCCGCUGUGGAAAAACACGCAACAAGACGCGGCGGGAGCAGACGUCCAGAGACGCCAUUUUAACGUCAGUCCACACGCGCUCAUCACCGGGAGCAGUGUUUCCCAAAGUGUGCAGAGAAGAGAGCUUGUCCGAUCUCCACGUGACGGGACCUGGUGAGUGUCGCGGCUUUCUAUUGGCGGACAGUGAUUCCUUUGGGCCAAUCAGCGGCUCCGUUGUUGUUACGUCACUCAGGCUGCGGGCUUCGGGAGCUGUUCAAGGUCUGUGA